AUGCCCUCCACGUCGGGGGGUGGGGGGCGCUCGGGCCGAGGCGGCGGGGCCUCCUCGCAGAGUCCCUCGGCGGCGGCAGGCGGUGGUCGCGUGGGGCUGCUCAGAGGAGGCUGGCGGCACGACAAGGAGCAGACUCCGCACCGACGCCACCUGAGCAACAACUCCCUGUUAACGUUUCUUGGUCAGAAAACUUGGAUAGAAAAAACUUUUUGCAAACAAGAAUGUGUCUGUGUGGUUCCCAGCUCUAAAGAUCCCAACAGGUGUUGCUGUGGUCAGCUCACCAACCAGCAUAUUCCUCCUCUGCCAAGUUUAAUACCCAGCAAAGAUGGAGAGGACAGCAAACAGCGCGAAAAAUGGUCUGUCAGCAAGCAUACCCAGAGCUACCCAACUGAUUCAUACGGGACCCUUGAAUUCCAGGGUGGCGGGUACUCCAAUAAGGCCAUGUAUAUUCGUGUAUCCUAUGACACCAAACCAGACUCGUUGCUUCAUCUGAUGGUGAAAGAGUGGCAGCUGGAACUCCCCAAACUCUUAAUAUCUGUGCAUGGAGGCCUUCAGAACUUUGAGAUGCAGCCCAAGUUGAAGCAAAUCUUUGGGAAAGGCCUGAUCAAGGCAGCCAUGACCACCGGUGCCUGGAUUUUCACCGGGGGAGUUAGUACUGGUGUGAUCAGCCAUGUAGGGGAUGCCCUGAAAGACCACUCCUCCAAGUCCAGAGGCCGAGUCUGUGCUAUAGGGAUUGCUCCAUGGGGCAUCGUGGAAAAUAAGGAAGACCUGGUUGGCAAGGAUGUCACCCGAGUGUAUCAGACCAUGGCUAACCCUCUGAGUAAGCUCUCUGUGCUAAACAACUCACACACGCACUUCAUCCUGGCUGACAACGGCACUGUGGGAAAAUAUGGCGCUGAGGUGAAGCUGCGCAGGCAGCUAGAAAAGCACAUCUCCCUGCAGAAGAUCAACACACGCCUGGGGCAGGGUGUGCCCCUAGUGGGCCUCGUGGUUGAAGGAGGCCCUAAUGCGGUUUCCAUCGUCUUGCAAUAUCUCCAAGAAGACCCUCCGGUCCCUGUGGUGGUUUGCGAUGGCAGUGGACGAGCCUCGGAUAUUUUGUCUUUUGCACACAAGCACUGUGAAGAAGGAGGGACAAUUAAUGAAUCCCUCAAGGAUCAACUUCUAGUGACCAUUCAGAAAACAUUUAACUAUAGCAAGACACAGUCACAUCAACUGUUUGCAAUUAUAAUGGAGUGCAUGAAAAAGAAAGAGCUCGUCACUGUUUUUAGGAUGGGCUCUGAGAGCCAGCAAGAUGUGGAGAUGGCCAUUUUGACGGCCCUGCUGAAAGGAACAAAUGCUUCAGCUCCAGAUCAGCUGAGCUUGGCCUUGGCUUGGAACCGUGUUGACAUAGCACGAAGCCAGAUCUUCAUCUUUGGACCCCAUUGGCCGCCCUUGGAAAGCCUUGCACUUCCAACAAACAGUAAGGUCCCAGAAAAGGAAAAGCCACCCACCGCAGCCACCAAAGUGAGCAGAGGAAAAGGCAAAAAAAAAGGGAAAGGGAAAGAGGAAGUGGAGGAAGAAACAGAUCCCCGGAAGAUCCAGCUACUGAACUGGGUGAAUGCUUUGGAGCAAGCGAUGCUAGAUGCACUAGUGUUAGACCGUGUGGACUUCGUGAAGCUUCUGAUUGAAAAUGGAGUGAACAUGCAGCAUUUUCUCACCAUCCCAAGGCUGGAAGAGCUCUAUAACACAAGAUUGGGUCCACCAAACACACUUCAUCUGCUGGUAAGAGAUGUCAAAAAGGGAAACCUUCCACCUGAUUAUCACAUCAGCCUCAUUGACAUAGGACUUCUGCUUGAGUAUCUCAUGGGAGGAGCUUACCGCUGCAACUACACUCGGAAAAGUUUUCGGACGCUUUACAACAAUUUGUUUGGACCAAAGAGGCCUAAAGCUCUUAAACUUCUGGGAAUGGAAGAUGAUGAGCCUCCAGCCAAAGGAAAGAAAAAGAAAAAGAAGAAAAAGGAGGAAGAAAUCGACAUUGAUUUGGACGACCCUUCAGUGAGUCGUUUUCAGUACCCUUUCAAUGAGCUGAUGGUGUGGGCCGUGCUCAUGAAACGCCAGAAAAUGGCAGUCUUCCUCUGGCAGCGAGGUGAGGAGAGCAUGGCCAAAGCCCUAGUGGCCUGCAAACUCUACAAAGCCAUGGCCCAGGAGUCCUCCGAGAGCGAGCUGGUGGAUGACAUCUCCCAGGACUUGGACAACAACUCAAAAGACUUUGGCCAGCUUGCUGUGGAGUUGUUGGACCAGUCCUACAAGCAUGAUGAGCAGAUCGCCAUGAAACUUCUGACUUAUGAGUUGAAAAACUGGAGCAACUCAACCUGCCUCAAACUAGCUGUUGCAGCCAAACACCGAGACUUCAUAGCCCACACCUGCAGCCAGAUGCUGUUGACUGAUAUGUGGAUGGGAAGACUAAGGAUGAGGAAAAAUCCUGGUCUGAAGGUUAUAAUAGGAAUUCUUCUACCCCCUACCAUCUUAUUUUUGGAAUUCCGCACCCAUGAUGACUUCUCAUAUCAAACCUCCAAAGAAAACGAAGAUGGCAAAGAAAAGGAAGAGGAGAACAUGGGUGCAUAUGCAGAUGCUGGCUCACGAAAGGGGGAUGAGGAGAAUGAGCACAAAAAGCACAGAAGUAUUCCCAUCGGAACAAAGAUCUGUGAAUUCUAUAACGCGCCCAUUGUCAAGUUCUGGUUUUACACAAUCUCAUACUUGGGCUACCUCCUGCUAUUUAAUUAUGUCAUCCUGGUGCGGAUGGACCGCUGGCCCUCACUUCAGGAGUGGGUUGUUAUUUCCUACAUUGUGAGCCUGGCUCUAGAGAAAAUUCGAGAGAUUCUCAUGUCAGAACCAGGAAAACUCAGCCAGAAGAUAAAAGUUUGGCUCCAGGAGUAUUGGAACAUCACUGACCUUGUGGCGAUCUCUGUGUUCAUGAUUGGGGUGGUCCUUCGCCUACAGAAUCAGCCCUACAUGGGCUAUGGCCGAGUGAUCUACUGUGUAGACAUCAUCUUCUGGUACAUUCGUGUCCUGGACAUCUUUGGGGUCAACAAGUACCUGGGGCCCUAUGUGAUGAUGAUUGGAAAGAUGAUGAUUGACAUGCUGUAUUUUGUGGUCAUCAUGUUGGUUGUGCUGAUGAGUUUUGGAGUAGCCCGUCAAGCCAUUCUCCAUCCAGAUGAAGAACCUUCUUGGAGACUAGCCCGAAACAUCUUCUACAUGCCCUACUGGAUGAUCUAUGGAGAGGUGUUUGCAGACCAGAUAGACCUCUAUGCCAUGGAAAUUAAUCCUCCAUGCGGCGAAAACCUUUAUGAUGAAGAGGGCAAGAGACUCCCACCCUGUAUCCCAGGUGCCUGGCUCACACCCGCCCUCAUGGCAUGCUACCUGCUAGUGGCCAAUAUCCUGCUGGUGAACCUACUCAUCGCUGUCUUCAACAAUACCUUCUUUGAAGUAAAGUCAAUAUCUAACCAAGUGUGGAAAUUUCAGAGGUACCAGCUGAUUAUGACGUUUCAUGACCGGCCAGUCUUACCACCACCAAUGAUCAUUUUAAGCCACAUCUACAUCAUCAUUAUGCAUCUUAGUGGGAACUGCAGGAAAAAAAGAGAAGGAGACCAAGAUGAACAGGAUCAUGGAUUAAAACUGUUUCUGAGUGAUGAGGAGCUUAAGCGGCUGCAUGAGUUUGAAGAGCAGUGUGUUCAGGAGCAUUUCCAGGAGAAAGAAGAUGAGCAGCAGUCAUCCAGCGAAGAACGCAUCCGUGUCACGUGUGAGAGAGUAGAAAAUAUGUCAAUGAGGCUGGAAGAAGUCAAUGAAAGAGAAAAUUUUAUGAAAGCUUCUUUACAGAGUGUUGACCUUAGACUUUCUCAAUUAGAAGACUUGUCUAGUAGAAUGGUGAAUGCUCUUGAAAAUCUUGCAGGAAUUGACAAAGCUGACCUCAUACAGACACGAUCUCGAGCUUCUUCUGAAUGUGAGGCAACUUACCUUCUACGGCAAAACAGCAGUAAUAGUGCGGAUAGCUACAACAUGUACAGAUACCAUUUUAAUGGAGAAGAGUUAUUGCAUGAAGAUGCUUCUCUAUCCGUGUCACCAGUGAUGAGAUCAAGGGGGAAAGCCUGUUUUUACUGUACAAAGGAAGAGAAAGAUGCAAAAAUGCAUGUCGUGCCUGAUCAUCAGGACAACUUUCACUUUACAUAUAACACAAACCCAACAGCAAUAUCAGAUGGCAGUAAACUUACAUCAGACAAUGUAAAGAACACAUCAGAACUACAAUUAGGUCCAGCUAUUGGGAUUUCAACCAAUAAUGGAAAGCACAUAGACUCUGGAAGAGAAAACAUUGUUUCCCCCAAAUUAAAUAAAGCAGAUAUUAUGCAUGGACAGAACAAAUCAGAUUUUCAAAACACUCAGCUAACAAUAGAAAUGACCGAGGUAGAACGCAUUGUUUCUUAUCCCUUGGGAGAAGCAAAACUUACCCGCUAUUACCCUGAUGAAGCUUUCAAUACGUAUAAGUCAAGGAAAUCCAGAAGCUUUGUAUAUGCUCAUGGAAGAACACUGGUCAGAGGGGUUAAUAACUGCAGUGCAAAAUACAGUUCAGGAUUGGACCAAGCAGCCCCCUCUACAGUACAACAAUGGAGGACAGAAUGGAAAUAUCAAUUUCAAAAGAUUACACGUUCUCGUAGUACAGAGAUUCCUUCCAUUGUAUCUGAAGCUACAAUACUCGCCAAACAGAAAGAGCAGUUUGUAGACACUAAAGAUGAAAAUUCUAUUUCUGGUAGAGUCCCUCAAGUCUCUCAUUUAUCCCUAGCUGUUACUGACAAAACUGAAAAGGAAAACUUACUGUCUGUGAAACAAGACCAGGCUUUUGGAUUCCCAUCUAUAAGGUCAAAAAGUUUGCAUGGCCAUCCUAGAAUGGCUAAAUCCAUUCAGAGUAAAUUGGAGAGAUCCAGACAUUCAAGCAGUACAAGUAACUAAAUAUAGUAGUUGAAUCUGGAAUCACAAUAAAAGGACAAAUGUAUAAGCAAGAGAAAAUAUCCACACAACUGAAUGCUAAUGUACU